AUGGCACCAGUAUCGAUAUUCAAGAAACCAGGUGCACAGAAAUUUCAAUUAGUGCACAAAUCGCAGUCUGAUAAAGAUAGGGAUCCUAAUGAUGAUAAAGGCGUUCUCAAACAAAUUGAUAAGAAGACAGUCAAACCUGGCGAUGCAGCAAACUUUGGUAUUUAUUACGAUGAUAGGGAAUACGAUUAUACGCAGCAUUUGCGUACUAUCGGUGGACAAGACGCUUUCGGUCAGGAGUUAGAUAGUGUCCUCAUAACUGCUCCUGAUCCUAAAGCUGAGAAAAAAUCUUUCAUCCUAAGGCAGCAGCAGGAGAAGGACGCACAGGAUGAAGCUAUAAAGAGAGCUUAUGAAAACCAAGCGUCUAUUCCUUUAGAGUUACAAGGUUUUAAUCCUGAUAUGGACCCUGCACUCAGACAGACUUUGGAGGCACUCGAUGAUGAAGCUUAUCUCGAAGACCUUAAUGAGGAGGAGCUAGACGAGGAGGACGAUGACAAUGAGUGGUUUGACGACCUCCUCGGUGACGGUCUUAGAGGCAAAGAUGAAGUUAUCGAUUUCGGUCCAGACGAGGAGGAAGACCCUGCGAUUACUGCUCGUAAAGAGAGAGAAAGACAAGAAUACGAGACUGCAAAAGCUAAUGGCGAAGAUUUGUCUCAAUUCCAUACAGAAGAUUGGAUGCAGAAAUUCAGAGAAUUCAAGUUAGCAUCAAAAGAUCAACCUUCACCACCUGCCUCGGACGAUUUACCAUCCGAUGAAGACGAGUUCGAAGAAAUGAGUGAUUACCAUUCGGAAGGCGCAGACACCGUUGGUUCACUCAGAACAGGUAUUGGUGCUGCAAGAACGAGAAGAAAACUUCGUAAAGCUGGCUCAGACGCUAGUGGAUACUCUAUGUCAAGUAGUUCUAUGUUCCGUAAUGAUGGUUUACAAUCUCUUGAUGCUCAAUUCGACAGAAUUGAAGAAGAAUACAACAGCGAAGAGGAUGAGGAUGAGGAGGAAGAUGAAGAGGAAGGCUUUGAUCCAACAAGCGAUCUUAAUGUGCACUCAAGAGAAGACUUUGACUCCAUCUUGGAUGAGUUCCUCGAUAAGUAUGAAGUUGUUGGUGGAAGAGUCCAGCAAAAAUUGGAAGGUGACACUCCAGCUGAGAAACUCCAAACGAUGAGACUUGCAAUGGCAGAUCUCGCACCAAAGGGCGAUCAAAUUAAGAAAUACGAAGACGCAGCAUCAAAACGUAUCACUUCAGCGUAUAGGAUAGCUACAGGUGAAGAAGAAGACGAUAAUAGCAACAUUCCAAUGCCAUUUGAUGUUGAUGCAAAGGAGGACAGAAUGGAUGCGCAGACGAUUUUAACAACGUAUACCAACACUGAGAACCACCCAACAAAGAUCCGUUCUCAGGAUCUUCUCAGUGGGAGAAAGAAGGAGAAAAAGGAAGGACCAGUGAGACAUGUAGCUUUUGCUGAGAAAGAGGAUGUUGCGCCUGUCAGAAAGGUACAAAUCGUCGUCGAUCCAAAGACUGGAUUCCCUAUGGAGAUUGGGGAAGACGGAGAAGUAGAAGAUGAAGAAAGCGAAGAAGAAGAGGAAGCAGCUCGCCGUCCUAAAAAGCAAACAGUUUCACGGAAUAGAAACGAAUCCAAAGAGGAAAAGAAAGCACGUAAGCAGGCAGCCAAGACAGACAAGCAAAACAGGAAAGUUGAAAAGAAGGAAACUAAGGAGGCAUUCGCUAAUGAGCGCAAGAGUCAGAUUUCUAAGACAGCGAACGCUAAGCAAAGCCAAGAUGUCACAGCCAGUAUGAAAUUGUAA